AUGAGAAUCCAUAACAGAGAAAAGUCUGUCAUCUGUCCUCGAUGUGAAAAAUGCUUCCCAAAUAAAGAAACACUUGCAAUUCACACUAAAGAGUGUCCACACACAUGUCCUCAGUGUGGAAAGAGUUACAAGAGCAAAAAUGGUCUUACAGCCCACAUGAUAAUUCACACAGGACAAAGCCCAUACACUUGUGUUCAGUGUGGAAAGAGUUUCGGACAGAAAUGCAGUCUGGAUAAUCACAUGAGAGUUCACACUGGAGAGCGGCCGUACACAUGUAUUGAGUGUGGAAAGAGUUUCACAUACAAAGGAAAUUUUGAAGCGCACAUGAGGAUUCACACAGGAGAGCGGCCGUACACUUGUCCUCAGUGUGGAAAGAGUUUCACAUACAAAGGAAAUUUUGAAGCGCACAUGAUGAUUCACACUGGAGAGCGCCCGUACACUUGUCCUCAGUGUGGAAAGAGUUACAAGAGCAAAAUUGGUCUUACAGCCCACAUGGUAAUUCACACAGGACAAAGCCCAUACACUUGUGUUCAGUGUGGAAAGAGUUUCACAUACAAAGGAAGUUUUGAAGCGCACAUGAGGAUUCACACAGGAGAGCGUCCGUACACUUGUCCUCAGUGUGGAAAGAGUUUCACGAGGAAACAAAAUCUCAUAGGGCACAUGAUAAUUCACACUGCAGAGCGUCCACACAUAUGUCCUCAGUGUGGAAAGAGAUACAAGAGAAAAAUUGGUCUUACAGCCCAUAUGGUAAUUCACACAGGACAAAGCCACUACACUUGUGUUCAGUGUGGAAAGAGUUUCGGACAGAAAUCCAAUCUGGAAAAUCACAUGAGAGGUCACACUGGAGAGCGGCCGUACAUUUGUAUUGAGUGUGGAAAGAGUUUCAGACAGAAACCCCAUCUGGAUGAUCACAUGAGAGCUCACAAUGGAGAGCGGCCGUACAUAUGUGUUGAGUGUGGAAAGAGUUUCACACAGAAUAGCAAUCUGAAGACCCACAUGACGAUUCACACUGAAAAAAUCCCACACAAAUGUGUUGAGUGUGGUAAGUAUUUCACAACCAAGGGAAGCCUUAAAAUUCACAUGAGACUUCAUCUUGAAGAAAUCCCAGAAACCAGGAGAGCAGAGAAAAAACAUUGA